GUCAACGACUCGCUGUCUCAUCGGCCCACAUCCAUCCAUCCAUCCAUUGACACCCCACAGCCCUCCGUCCCGUCCGCCGAUGCAUAGAGUUCAUGCCGCCGCCACGGCUGGUGGUGGUGGCGGUGCCGCUUGUCCAGUGCCGCCCGUUUUGUUGUGUCUGAGAUAGCUCUCGCAGAAGGCCUCGAUGUCCCCGUCCAGCACGUCCCGAGCCGCAGAGGUCUCGGUGCCGGUGCGGGUGUCCUUGACCACCUGUGUGCAUAUGACACACACCGAUGAAUGCAAUGCAGGCCAUGUCUGUGUCCGUGCCUAUCUGUGUGCCUGUCUGCCUGCCUUGUAAGGGUGCAGGACGUAGUUUCGUAUUUGGUUGCCCCACUCCGCCUGCACCAUGUCGCCCCGGAUCUCUGCCAACUCCUGCGACAUACACACAGACAGACAGACAGACAGGCAGCUGCAGAGGCCGUUGCCGUUGCUGGCGUUGUUCGGCUGUUUUGUCUGACUGACCUGCACACGCUGCUCCUCCUUGAUGACCAGCAGCCUCUCCUUCAACAUCUUCAGAGCUAUCUCCUGCGUGCGACACACACAGACACAGUACAGAGACACAUCCACACGGAGAAUCGAUCGUUUCCUUCCCGCGCCCGCCCCGCCCCGCCCCGCCUCACUUUGUUCUUGAGCUGUGACCGCUCCUGAGUGCACCUGAACAGGCGACCGACACUCACACGCACCCCAAUGAGAAUUCAUUGCCCAUGAGUGGCAGGCAGGCAGGCAGGUGUCUCGCUUACUUGACCAUGAUGUUGGUGGGUAUGUGGAGGAUGCGCACGGCGGUCUCGACCUUGUUGACAUUCUGACCCCCCUUGCCGCCCGACCGCAUUGUCGUCACCUGGACACACACACACACACACACACACAGGCACAGGCACACACACAACGAAAAGGAUGGAGCAAAGAUGGGGUGAAUGGCGUUGCCCGUCCACCCACCUCGAGGUCUCUGUCGUCGAUUGUGAUGUCGCGGACGUCCUCGUCGGGCAGGAUGGGCAUGGUCUCCACGCCAGCGAAGCUCGUCUGCCUCUUCCCCUGAGCGUUGAACGGGGAUAUCCUCACCAGACGGUGGGUGCCCUUCUCGCCACUCAACAGGCCGUACGCAUACUCGCCCUAAUAAGGGGAUGAACGAACGAAGCACACACACAAAUGCACCCACGCCGCACCCUACCACUGCUGGUAGGAAGAUCUUCCGACUCACCUCGAUUUCGACCUCCGCCGACUUGAUCCCAGCCUCCUCCCCGUCAGACCGAUCCACCACACGGGCACGCCAGCCCUGCAACCGACAUGCAAGCAGCGCCAUCCAUCCAUCCGUCCAUCCAUCCAUCCAUCCAUCCAUGGCGCCCCUCUCUGCCCCUCUCUGACCUUACCUUCCUCUGUGCGAAUCUGAGGUACAUCCUGAGCAGCAUGUCAGCCCAGUCGCACGACUCGGUGCCGCCCGCUCCGGCAGUGACGUACAGCCGACAUCCCACGCGGUCAUACGGGCCAUCCAUCAGCUUCUCCAACUCCUGACAGACAAAGUCAGGUCAGGUGGGUCUGUGUGGUUUGGGGUAGGGAUCCCCUGUCCGUCUGUCUGUCUGUCUGUCUGCCGCUCACCCAGCUGUCCAUGUGCCGUGAGAGGCGCUUCAUCGUUGUCACGGACUCUGCCUGUCCAUCCAUUUCAUUCAACGCACACGUGUGGCACACGUGUGGAUCCAUCCAUCCAUCUGUGCAGUGAAUGAACUGUCACUCGUGUCUUUCUGUGGUCACCAGGAAUUCGUUUCUCUCUGCAUCGGAGAGCUCCUCCGAAGUGACGAAGUCGAUGGCUGCUUCGGCGUCCUCCAGUGACCUCCUCCACCCUUCAACUGAACUGCGGCUCUCCUGAUACGAUACACACACAUGGAGAGAGAACACGCGUCCCACAUUCAUUUCUGCGCGUCUCGGGGCACUCCUUCCUUACUUUGAGCCUCUGCAGCCGUGCGGACAGCUUUGACGCACGAGCAGGGUCGUCCCAGAAGUCCUGACACACAUACACACAAAGCAAAUCGGGAGAUGGUGGACGGGACGGGUUGAGGCCCAUGAGCAGAGCGGCACUCACCUCCUUGGUCGUUUCCCGCUGGAUGCUGUCCAUCUCUCGGCCAAUCGAAGGCAGGUCAGCAAGCUCCACAUUCCUAUUGCAAGAUGGAGGCACAGAAGCGGAAUCACAGAUGGAUGGAUUUAGCGCAUGGUUGUGUGUUGUCCGUCCUGCGCACGCCCCACCUGUCGUAUCGCUCUCGAAGCGUGUCGAGCGUCCUCUUGACCUCAUUCACCUCGACAGCAGAAGCUGCACAUAUCCACCCAUUCCAUUGCAACAAGAUCACAGUGCAAAUCAAAUCGACUCGCCGCUUCUCUGCUUCUCUCAUCUCACCUGGUGGUUGGUCGGCAGCAGCUGCCUUCAGCGACACGCCCUGCAGCAGCUGCCUGUAGUGGUGAUGGAAAGGCCGCUGCCUGUCCAGCACUGUAAUCUCCCUUCUGCAAUCUCUGCAGGAGGCUGCGCGUGGCCUUCUGACUGGGCUUAGGAAGGAGGGUGGCGCCAUGCUGCGAUGAGUGACGCUUCUGAGUGCGUCAUCGGCAAGAUGUGAGAGAUCUUUCAUCGACGCUGCCGGGAUCAUCGAGAGGAUGCCUUCGCAGACAAGCCAAAUGCACCAGAACAUGAGCCAAAUAGGUGAGGCGGGAUCUUGAGCUCGCAAGGCUGCGCGUCCUCGAGUCGAGGCGCGGCAGGGAUCCGCCGACGACGCGCCCCCGAACGGAGUCGUCUUUCGAGCGGAGUCGAGGGGUUCCCAUCCUGCAACUGACCCGUAUCUAGCGGAUGGAGCUUCCGGCGCCGAGGGGGGACGACUCUGCGGCGUGGGGGAGGCCCGGGGUGGCGCAUCUCAAGAGCGACUCGGCCAGAUCUACGACUUAGUCCAGCAAACGACUCGUAUUCAGCGGACGGCCGUGGGUUUCGGUCUGGAGGCCUCGUGAGUGUGUUCCUUGGGUUCCUCUGUGCAUGUGGAGCGUGCGUGGGUGAUUCCUGUUGCGUGUCGUCGUUUGACU